AUGACGGAGAAGAAAUUCAAUUCCAAAAUCCCAUCUGCCUCAGCCUCCACAGUUAAUAAUAGCAAUAGUAAUAACAAUACAGCUGCUGCGAAGGCAGAGCGGGAUGAACGCCUUCGGUCAGCUUUGAAGGAGUUUGUUCUUAAGGAACGCCAACGAAAAAAAGAAGAAUUUGAUGCUAAGGAAGAGGAAGAGCGUUUGCGCAAAGAACGUGAACAACAAGAUCAUCAGAAUGAUGUUUCGCUUGAAGAUACACGAGGCAAAAUUGCCAAAUUGGAUAAACAAAUCAAAGAUUUGCACAAUCAAAAACAACAAUUAUUUUUACAAUUAAAGAAAGUAUUAAAUGAAGAUGAGAAUCGUAAAAAGCAACAAAAGGAUAAUGAAAUGUUUGCAUUGCAAGCAUUGCAGGCGCAGCAAGUUAAUGUUGCUCCGCCGCCACCACAGGUUUUCAUACCACCCGUUAGAAUGCAGCACCACCAAAUACCUAUUAUUCCCAAGCCUGUCGCAAAUCAGCCUGUUAAACGCACUCGUAGUCCGUCGCCACCUACACAUCAGGGUUAUUAUAAAAACACAAACUAUACGCAACCGAAACAUGAUGAUGGACGUCGUGGCGCUGAAUAUCCCAGAGUGGCCUGGAAUAAGCCCCCUCCUACGCAAUAUCAAGGCCCCGGUGCGCUCUUCUAUCCCGCUACAGGCAAUGCACCUCAACCACAGCCGGAUGGUCGUGGUCCAGCUAUUAUUUAUCCAUACGGCUUGCCACUAAGACAGGGAUUCCAUUUGGAUUUGCAGCCCACAUCUUCAGUACCUGUUUCAAAAUCAGAUCAGGCACCAUCAAAACCCACACAAGUGUAUCAUAUUAGUUUAGACGCACCAGCAAUUUCGCAAUCAGGACCAGUGUCAUCUGUGCCUCCAGGCGUUCAGACACAAAAACCACAAGUUACAAUGGAGAAAAUAAGUGAUCGUUAUCAUCCUGAUGUAAAGCACGAUGUACCGCCGGGACACGGGCCGCCACAUCAGCUGCCAGAAGGAGUUGUCUAUACACCGAUGAUGCCUGGAAUGUCGUUACAUCCAAAUAUAAUGCAGAUUAGCUCUAAUCCCGGCCAGAAUCCCAAAUCUGCUCCGAGCAUUACUCAAGGUUAUGCUACUAGCCGAAAUACUGCUGCCGCGCAUGAGCACCUGGCGCGUCAACCGCAGAUAAUGCAGGGACAACCAGGUCAACCAACACAGCAACAGAUGAAUUAUAGUCGGCGCAUGUACUAAAUGAGGAAUAAUGCUAUAAAUUUAAGUGAAGCUUAGUUGUAGAAAUUUUUGCAUUAUCCAAUGGAUCCUUUGGGUCUCAAAUUAAAUAAAAAUUAAAAAUAGAUACAACAAACAUCGAUAAAAUGUUUAUAUGUUAUCGAGAAUAUCAAAUAUGAUAAGAUUAUGAUACUAAAUAAACUUUUUGGAAGCGUUUGAAUGCGAGAAAAAUCGUUCAAUAAAGAAA